AUGUCGCGGAUCUACGCGCUCGAAUCCAAGUCAAGGAUGGUCCGUUGCAAGUCUGCUGUGAACAUGUUGAUCACUUCAUCGAGACGCUGGACGACCGGGAUCUAG